AUGUCUAGUUUGGAGGGUUCAGAUAUGGAAUACGUGGAUCUUCCAUCAUCAGAAGGAGAUUAUGAAGAUACAGACUUAGAUGAAGAAGUAGUUCCUGGUCAAAACGAGGAUGAAGCAUUUGUUUAUUAUGGAGAUUACAAUGAUCAAAUUCUAGAUGACAUUGAACAUGCAGUUGAAUAUGAACAUGAUGGAGAUGGAGAUAAGGAUUAUGACGAUGAGGAUGAUUAUGAUGAUGAUGAGGACGAUGAGGAGGACGAUUCUGACGAUGAUGUUUCUUAUGAUGAUGCGGGUAUUUAUGAUGAUGAUGAUGAUGAUGUUGAGGCAUAA